AUGAAAAAGGCUUCGCAACUACACCCAGCCGGGAAGCACUCGGCAGAAGGCUGGAAGGCGGCGAGCAGACGUCCCAGUGCCCAAGAGUGCCUGGGCUUCCUGGGAUCGGCCACAGCAGGCACAGCAAACUCGGCAGCUGGCAACUUCUCGGUGCAGUCAGCAUUUAUGUCUCCCGACUCCGGCAGGCGGGAGCGGAUCACUCUCCUGGGGCUGAUGGAGAACGGACAGAUCACAGCAGGACUCUGGCAGCCUCCCGCCAGGCUCGCACCCUCCUCCAGGAGGAGGUGGGCCAAAAUCAGGGGGGAAGAAAGAGGGUGUCUGAGGGAAGCCCAGUCAUCCUGGAGCCUAGCCCGUACUCAGCUCCGCAGCCCCAGAUGGGGACUUGACAGCCUGGGGCACUGCCUAGGAGUUGUAGCCAAAGCGACCUGGGCCCCUUUAGCAGAUACGAGGGUGGCGCUGCGGGCGCAUGCCCCAGACACGCCCUAUGAAAAUCGCUCCAGGGAUCGGUCGAACUUAGUCUUGAGCACCGCUGGCCAGGUCCGUGCGACAGGUCCCACUUCCCUGCUUGAGUGGGGUCUAGCUGGGCUUGCUCCGCGAUCCCUGCCUAUGCCUUGGAAUGUUCCAGAGGGUCCGUUUCCUGUGCCGGUGAAUUCGGCGCCCAGUGCCUCUCCUCUGCCUCCUCCCUCUCUGCUGCCCGGACACCCUAGGUCGCUCUGUCCCCGCCACACUCUCAUCGCCCCCGCGCGCCCGGGAGCAGCCUCCUCUCCUCGAGCCGCGGCCCUAGGGCUCCCGGAGCCCGGCAGCCAGGGUCCCGCUGCGUCUCCUGCCCCAAGAGCCGUGUCCGCUGGAGCCCCUGGGGCCAUGAUGAGUCCCUGCGCUGUCCCCCGCCGCCCCACCGGCGCCGCUGCGGCGCUGGGGCUGGGUAGCCUCUUGAUGCUGCUCGGGCCGGGACGCGCGUGCCCCGCAGGCUGUGCCUGCACCGACCCCCACACGGUGGACUGCCGUGAUCGCGGGUUGCCCAGCGUGCCGGAUCCCUUCCCGCUGGACGUGCGCAAGCUGUUAGUGGCCGGAAACCGAAUCCAGCAGAUCCCCGAGGACUUCUUCAUCUUCCACGGAGACCUGGUCUAUCUGGAUUUCAGGAACAACUCGCUGCGCUCGCUAGAGGAGGGAACGUUCAGCGGCUCUGCCAAGCUGGCCUUCCUGGAUCUGAGCUACAACAACCUCACCCAGCUGGGCGCCGGCGCCUUCCGCUCAGCGGGGAGGCUGGUCAAGCUGAGCCUGGCCAACAACCACCUGGCCGGUGUGCACGAGGCCGCCUUCGAGAACCUGGAGUCGCUGCAGGUGCUGGAACUGAAUGAUAACAACCUGCGUAGCCUCAACGUGGCGGCUUUGGAUGCUCUGCCCGCGCUGCGCACUGUGCGCCUGGACGGGAACCCUUGGCUAUGUGACUGUGACUUCGCCCACCUCUUCUCAUGGAUUCAGGAGAACGCAUCCAAACUGCCCAAAGGCCUCGAUGCCAUCCAGUGCUCACUGCCCACGGAGGACCGGAGGGUGGCCCUGCGGGAGCUGUCAGAAGCCAGUUUUAGUGAGUGUAAAUUCAGCCUGUCCCUCACAGACCUGUUCAUCAUCAUCUUCUCGGGUGUGGCCGUGUCCAUCGCUGCCAUCAUCUCCAGCUUUUUCCUGGCCACUGUGGUGCAGUGUUUCCAGAGGUGCACCCCUAACAAGGACACGGAGGAUGAGGAUGACGAUGAGGAUGACUGAGCCACCUCUUCCUGCUCUUUGCUUUCCCACACCCAGCUAGUGGUACCUCUCCAAGGGAGACAGGAGAUGCUGAAGACAGGAGCCUCACAUCACUCCAGGCCGCGAAAGGGAUGGAGCUUGCCUAGGCACCUGCUGGGACAGCCGAUCCCAGAGCAUAGAAUCAGCAGGGUAGAGAUACAGGAAGGAUGGUGAGAUUCAUUCCUGAGCAGAGCCCACCUACUGGGCUGGGGCACUCAUGUGUGUGAAGAUAAUCAAGUCAGGCUUCAUGGCUUACAGCUUUACAACCUUCCCAAGCUGAAGUGAGAGCUCACACAGCUUCUGAUGGCAGAGAUGUGUGUGCCGUUGUUAUUACCAGCUGCAUUAUGGACUAUGAGUCAUCUUCCUCCUAAAAGACAGCAGAGCUCUCAGUGGAUGUUCAAGUUCAGCUCACUUUCUCUGUGAGAGCUGGAAUUCUUUUCCUCUACAAAAGAUCCCAGCAACUUUGGGAUGUUAGACCAAGAACAAGCAAAUGUGCGUGC